GUGAACGCUGGAAGCAGAGGAGGGCAGAGCUGCCGUACGGGACUGCAGGUAUUCAUGAGUUGGCAUCGACACACAGGCCAUGGAAAUAACGCUGAAGGCCAUUCCUCUGAAGAUAGUCAAUAUUCCAUGGAGGAACAAUAACCUCAGCACUCUGCACUCAGACCCUCCUCUGUCUGAGCAAGGAGAGACUAUCAUCGGAAUCUACCUGUUAGUGUUGGGUAAGUUGGCCAGUUGAUCCUGGAAAAUUGUAAACCUUGAAAUUUGUCCUGGUAGGUGAUUUAAUUUGUGAGGGUUUUGUAUAUUUGGGAUUCAAUGGUUGGUUAGGUUUAGUAUUUUUAUGAGCAUCCACUUAAAGAAAUGGAGUUGGGGACUUUAAAGAAGCUCAUCAUUUCCACCUCUGUCAUGGUACGGUGGAGAAAGGCACUCAGACCUACUCGACUCUUUACUGCAGUGUCCUGUGCAACAAUUUUAUCUCUGCUGUUACUUUAGGCUGUGAAAGAUGAUCAGUGGUUGUGCUGUGUUCAUACUCAGAUUUACUGCAUUUGUCUACUCUAAAGAAGUUCUGAAACUUUGGAGCAAAUGAAGCUAAAGUAUAACCUGCACUAAUACACUCCAAUCUACUCUACUGUAGUAAACUCUAAUCUAGUGAACUCUAAUGAACUCUAAAGGGCACAAAUCUGCUCCACUCUAUUUAACUCCACACGAUUGUACUUCACUGAACUCUACCCUGCUGUACUUUACUGUACUCUACUCUACUGUAGUCUAGUGAACUCUAAUGUUCUCUACCCUUCUCUAUUCUAGUAAGCUUUUUAUUGCACUCUAUUAAACUGCACUGUAGUCUACCUCACCAAAGUGUACUCUAUAUCUCUCCUCUCCAAUGAACAAUCAUCCGCUUUGAUCGUCUCUGCUCUACUCUAUAGAGCCCUACUCUAUAACCCUACACAACUCUCCUCAACUCAGCACAGCACUUCUGUCCUGAACUUUGAUCUAUUCAACUGUAUUCUGUUAUGGUGAGCUCUAACCUCUACUCUCUCUAAGUCUCUAUUCCACUCUAAUCUAAUGGACUCGCUUAUGUUCCUUUCUCAACUCUACAAUAGUCUUCUCUAUUCUUUUUACUCUACUCUACUCUGCUUAACUGUGCUCUAGCCUACUCUACUCUAAUGUUCUCUACUCUACCCUACUCUUAUUUUUUUACUCUACUCUACUGUGCUCUACCCUACUCUACUCUGAUGUACUCUAUUCUAAUGUACUCCACUCUACCCUACUCUUAUUCUUUUUACUCUGCUUAAUUCUAUCUUUUUUCUACUCUACCCUACUUUGCUCUUCUCUACUCUUUUUACUCUACUUUAUUCUCUUUAUUCUACUCUACCCUACUCUACUCAACUCUGCCCUAUUCUACUCCAUUCUUUUUACUCUAUUCUACUCUACCCUACUCUAUUCUUUUUACUCUACUCUACUACAUUCUGUUUUUCUACACUACCCUACUUUGCUUUUUUCUACUCUUUUUACUCUACUUUAUUCUUUUAUACUGUACUCUAUUCUACUGUAUCCUACUCUAUUCUUUUUAUUUUACUCUACUUUAUUCUUUUUAAUCUAUUCUACUCCACUCCACCUUACUUUGCUCUAUUCUACUCUACUCUUUUUACCUACACCUCUACACCUCUCUAACUUCUCCAGUCGAUCAUUGGCUCAGCUCUACUGUACUCUAUUCUAAUGUCCCUCCUUACUUUAGUGUGUAAUACUGUCCUGUAAACAAUGAGUUACAUCACCAUCCCUGUAUGAUGUGUUGUCUGUUUUCCUCUCUGCAGGAUGGCUGUCCUGGUUUGGAAACAGUUUAGUGAUGUUUGUCCUGUACAGACAGAGAGCCUCGCUUCAGCCCACAGAUUACCUUACGUUAAACCUCGCCAUCUCUGAUGCCAGCAUCUCCGUCUUCGGCUACUCCAGAGGGAUCCUAGAAAUAUUCAAUAUCUUCAAGGAUGAUGGCUAUUUGAUCACCUGGAUUUGGACAUGCCAGGUAAACACCACAACACUGAACUUGAUUUAAAAGAGUCAAAGAAAAACAACAGUUUUCUCUUGAGUUAUAUCUGUCUCAUAGUAGAUCCAAAUUGGUUUAUUAAAUGAGGGAAAUUGUGGAAUAAUUUGAAGCAUUAAUAAAUAGUUGAAUUGCAGUAAUGUGGGUUUAAAGUUCUGAAUUUGAUGACGUUGCAGAAUAGAAAAAGAAAAAACGCAUAUGCAUUGAUUUACCGGAACCAAUCCCCAUUAAUAAAGUACAUUAAAGGAAUCUGAGAGUGUAUUACCGUAAACUGAGCAUGCAUGGGUGUGUGUGUGUGUGUGGUGUGUGUGUGUACGUUCGAGGGAUUAAGCGAGUAGCCAUGUGGGCUGGAGGUUAAAUCUGUAAUCAGAUUACCCCUGUGGAGACCUUUAAACCAGGGAACCUCUUUGAGCAGAGUGGUACCUGUCAACAAGCAAACACGGGACAAAUGAGGCUGCAGGGGGGCGUUAGUUGCAUCAUUUCUCCACGGGGUUUCAUGCAGAAUAAAGUUGCAUUGAAAUAAAAGAUGAGCUGUUCUGAGAAAAAGUGCUCAUUUCGGUGUUGUCCUCCUGCCACAGGCCCAGCUGGAAAUGAAAUAGUUGUCAUACUUUAACUUGGAAUUCAUCCGGGGUAUUUUUCUUGCUCAAGGCUAGCUGUGGUGGAAAUGGUGAUACCCAGUCUGCGACAAGAAUGAAAACAAGCUGGUGUAAUGGGAAAACUGGGAAGCAGGAACGACACGGUAAAUAGAGUCUGGCUGCACUGUUAGGCCUCUCUGCAGUGAUCUCACGGCUGAAACAUCCAAUCUCAGGUUUUCAGGUGAAGGAGAAAUAUUGAGAUAGCGGUACGCCCCUCUCAUUUCACCUUCCCCUGAGAGACAGAGGUGGGAAGAGAAACUAAGAAGCGACAGAAAUAGAGGAGGGAAGGAACAGGAAGGUGAAGGAGACAGACAGGCAUGUGAGAAGCAUUAACAGCUUACUGCAUGGAGCAUGAUGGGACAUGAACGGUUGUGAGCUGGGCCAGAUCCCUGUGUUUUUCACCCUAUGGCAGAGGAUAUGAUUGAAUAUAAUAGAGCCUUUAAUGCUGCAAAGAGGACUACAGAAAAAAAGCUGCAAAGAGGUGAGAAAAUGUGAAUUAAAAAGACACUCCAGGGUUCCUAAAGAGGGGACAGAUGCAGAGAUAAUGCUGUCAGACAAGCUCGGUGGAUCAAAUGACAUAUUAAGCUCUAAAGACAGAUAAUGAACCAUUAACUUGUGCUGAAUUAAAAUAAGACUAGUCUAGACAUUUGUUGCCCGGUAAUCUACUGAAUGUGAGGGUGUAAAAACGUGAUGACUGACAGUAAUAGGAUUAGGACUAAGGAAGAUCAACAAAUUAACCAGCAAGAAACCUCAACUGAUCCUCGUCACCUGGAAUCAGCACAGCAGGCCAUCAGAGCCUGACCGACAGGACGAGGAGUGACUCCUUCUAUCAGCAGCUGUUAGUGCGAGAUCAAACUCCUCAAAAUAAAACUUGAGGCCAGAAAAGAUAGCAGUGAAACUCACUUGGCAGCUCCAGAGCUUUUGUCCUGCAGCUCUCAUCAGAGGAAAUGCUCUGUGUCUGGUGCACUUUGGCUGAAAAUCAAGCAGGAAGGGCUUCUUAGCUGGGGUGUCUCUAUCUGAUAAAAGUCCAAAGCAAAACAGACUCAGGUCUGGAACAAUGAAGCAGGUCUGAAUCUACAGCCUGAAGACGUUUCGAGAUGUGAUGCCGUGAUUCACCGGCCUCUUGUCUCGCUGCUUUUCUUUCAGGUAGACGGUUUCUUCACCUUGUUGUUCGGCCUCGCGAGCAUCAACACCCUGACUGUUAUCAGCGUCACCAGAUACAUUAAAGGAUGCCACCCUAACAAAUGUGAGUGCUAAACUUCCUGAAAACAAGAGAGGGGACAUGAAGAGAGCCUCAGACCGGCGUCUCUGCCUGCCUCACAUUCCUGCAGCUCUUAUCUGACUGAACAGUGUGGUUUUGGGUGCUAAUGAAACCUUAUUACCGACUCCAGCUAUGGAAAUUACUACCAUCCGUCUCCAGCAAUUUCAUUUACAUUUCGCCAACAUGUCAUUUCGUAAAUUUGAGGUGACAUGUGCUAUUUUUGGAUGCUGAAGAAUGUCUUAAUUACAUGGAAAUUAGGCCGGGCCUGUGUUGUCAGAAUGGGAUACGAGUUUUUUUACUGGUUGUGGUUGCACAUAAAACACAAGCAAUAUAAACCUGUAAGUGAGUUUUCAGGUUGGCGUUUAAACUCUGAACUCUGGCGGUGCAUGUGAGAUAUCGACUUCUUUAUUAUGUGCAGCUGUGAGUUAAGCAAACAGACAUAUAGAUUUAUGCUGUGAAGUGAGUGUGUUAGUUUAAGGGGCAGGUCAUCGCACGGCUUCAAACUUUGAAAAAAAAUAAUGAUUUAGAAAUUAUUUGAUUGAUUUGAAAAGUAUAUAUUUCCAAUUUUGGAAAGACUGAAUUGAAAAUAGUUUGGAUGCUGUUCAUGGUUUGCAAAUUAUUGAAACUCAACAUUUGAUAAAAUAAAGUACAAAAAUCUAUCAAAUGUUGAAACUAACAUUUUAUGUUUUUACUGCUUAUUUCAAACUGUUGGCAGCAAUAAGUUUUUAAAAAGUAAGGACAGGGACAAUGUCACACUGAAAAAAAAAAAAACUUAAAAAGUCACUCAGAAGAAACAGUGAGAAGAGGUUCACCGCUAUAUCCAGGAAAAAGUUCUCACUGUGGUCCAGAAUGAGGGACUGUUGUCAUCUAUAGCCCAUGAUAUUGAUAAAAUAUUGAGAUUGAAUAUAUAAAGAAAACUCAUGGACACCACCCUUAAAAGAAAUGGGACCACUCGGUUUGUUUUCUACUGCAAAUCAAAUCCAGCAUCCCUGAUGGUACAGGGUAGGGCUGGGCAAUAAACCGAAAAUUUACAGAUACCGAAAUUUACGUCAAUAACAGACGUCAUUUUGCCCAUAUCGGUAUAAUCGGUGUCAAAAAAAAAAAGUAAAAGUUGGUUUUGGAUGUGUGUAGGUAGGCUAUGGGCUCAUGUCCCUUUAAGACACUGUCCUACAUCAGAGACGUGACUCCACCCCAUCCAGACCAUAACAAAGAGGGAAAGACAGGUGAGGAGAUGGAGGACGGUUCAAAAGUUGUAGCAGCUGAGCAGCUUGUGGAGUAGUUAUCGUCCAUUUAUCAUUAUUAAAGUGAACUGCUCAAUAUAUCGUGAUACUGAUUUGAGGCCAUAUUGCCAAGCCCUAGUACAGGGACCAUCAGAGUCCAUGUCAUAAGUAUUUUCCACAUCUGUGAAGGCUCCAUAAAUGCUGGACAAUAUCUCCAGCUUUAGGAACAACAUCUGCUGCCAUCCAGACCAGGACUUUAUCAGGGAAGACCUUCAUAUGAUCCCAAACCACAUUCUGACAACAGCAUGGCUCUGUAGGAGAAGAGCCCUGCUGCUGAGAAACUGAUCAUCAGUAAAGCUGAGUAACACAGAGACACAGCGGCGCCUCCUCCUGCCUAACCCUCUCUCACACCCGCUUAUCAGGAUAAAGGAUAUUGACAUUAGAUACGCAGCAGAAAUAGACCAAGCAAACUGAUUUUAUUCCUCCUCCUGAACUUUGGUCAACAGAGGUUCUUUUCAGCCGCAGAUGUUUGCAAAGGCCGCUAAUCUAAGAAAAGGCUUCAUUGUUCAAUAAAUGUCACGAUCCUGACAUUCACAACGAGUCAGGAAUGUUGCAUCUUUUAAAGCCUCUCACUUUUCCGUCCCAUGUUCGCCAAAAUCAUGACAUUUAACCUUCUCAAACUGCACGUGCUCAGUUUCAUAACUUUGUGUUAUAUCCGUGUUUCUGCAGCUUACUGUAUCAGCAUCAACACCAUCGCCGUGGCUCUGAUCUGCAUCUGGACUGGAGCGCUGUUCUGGGCCGGGGCUCCACUGCUGGGCUGGGGCAGAUUCACAGGUCUGAGCUCAUCCAUGAACCCACAGAAGAAGACAGAAACAUGUGACAUCAGUCUCCUACUAAUGUGUCUGUUGUUCUCUAGAUCGAGGUUAUGGCACCUGUGAGGUGGACUGGGCCAAAGCUAACUACUCCACCAUCUAUAAGUCCUACAUCAUCUCCAUCCUGAUCUUCUGCUUCUUCAUCCCUGUGAUGAUCAUGCUCUUCUCCUACGUCUCCAUCAUCAACACGGUGAAAAACACCAACGCCAUGUCAGCUGACGGUUUGCUCACCGCCCGUCAGAGGAAAGUGGAGAGAGAUGUUACAAGGGUAAGCAAAUAUGGACUUUUCAUUGGAUAGGUACACCGAGAAAUCAAUAGUGAAUGUAUUAUCUAGAGUAGAUGUGUGACAGUACCGCCCUAGUUUGAUUGAAAACUAAGAUAUGUAAACUGUAGCUCCAUGUCUUUGUUUCUGGAUUGAUCAGAAGUUAAAGUCAAUAAUUCAAAUACUGAACCGGAGUAUGUGUGCUUUGUAACACCUCUUUGGAAACCAGGAGGGACAUUAUUACCUCCGCCAAGGAGGUUAUGUUUUCGGUAGCGUUGGUUUGUUUGUUUGUCUGUUAGCAACUCUACGGAGAAACUUACAGCCGAAUUGACCUGAAAUUUUCACCAGAGGUGCGUCUCAGCCCCAGGAGGAUCCCAUUAAAUUUUGGUGGUGAUCCGGAUCGCCUUCUGGAUCCAGGAAUUUUUUGAAGGAUUCUUUAUCAUUGUGAGAUAGGACAAAUUUUGGAAUUUUUGCAUUUAACUUUAACAUGAGUUUUAUGAGGUGUCAAAGGUUGAUCCCGAUCCAGACAAAAUUCUGGAUACUGUGAUCCAGAACACACAAAAAUAAGGGUGUCGUUGGAAUUUUCAAUGAUGAAAGAUAACCAACGGGCGGCACAGUGGUGUAGAUGGGCGGCACAGUGGUGUAGAUGGGCGGCACUGUCGCCUCACAGCCAGAAGGUCCUGGGUUCGAACCCAGGUCAGGGAAUCUCUUAUGAUGGAAAAGUUCCUCAAACAAGAACAUUUAGACAUCUGCUAUUUGGGAUUGUAGUUAUGUGCCGAGUUUGGAUGAUAAAAACCAAAUGCAGACGAUCAAAAUAAAUGAAGUGUUGAAUAUAAUCAAACUACAGAUGAUGUUUUUUUCAUUCCUCUAAGUGGGAUUUUCCAUAAGUGCUAUUUACUCCAAACUGGAUCCAGUUUGGUACACAAGCUUCCUGCAGGCCCCUCUUCUCCAAACACGGUGGUGCUGACUGGUCUCUCCUUAAAACACUGUAUAUUGACAACCACCUCAUGCAACCCCACUUCAAUAAAAUCAAACCAUCACGUAUCCUGUCUGUAAUAACCUCCUCUCAUGUAACUCCAGUACUGACAAUUGUUCCCUUAUGUUCCUCUCUAGAUUUCCAUUGUGAUCUGCACGGCUUUCAUCAUGGCCUGGUCUCCAUAUGCAGUGGUGUCUAUGUGGUCGGCCUGGGGCUUUCAUGUACCCAGCACCACCAGCAUCAUCACCCGCCUCUUCGCCAAGUCUGCCAGCUUCUACAACCCGCUCAUUUACUUCGGCAUGAGCUCCAAGUUUCGUAAAGAUGUCUCUGUGCUGCUGCCGUGCACGUCGGAGCGCAGGGAGGUGGUGCAUCUGCGGCACUUUAAAAACAUCAAACCCAAGGCUGACCCCACGCCUGCAUCGCUGACAGUUCAGAAGAAGGAGGCGAAGAAGGAGGCGAAGAUGGAGGCAAAGAUGGAGGCAAAGGUGGAGGCGAAAUACAUCAAAGCAGAAUCCAAUCAUGACAGCGAUUCAGGAGUCAACAGCCCCCCUCAGACCCCGCCGUCUGACCCUCAGGGGCAGAUCCACAUCGACCUGCCCUCACACAUCGAAACAUCAGAUUACUGGUGUGACAGGCUGUGA